CUCUUGGACAUCGGCAUUCUGGUUUUCAUUAGCUGGUAAUUGCCUUACACUCAUUUAUUCUGUCCGAACAUCACAAUUGCACACAAGCAAACAAAACACAAACACACAACACCACACUCCUUGACUCACCUCACUAUGCGUUUCUCCACUGGUAUUGCGGCCAGCACUCUUGCUGCGACCGCCUCCGCAGAGCUCUACUAUGGUUUCAACUCGGGAUCCUUGAAGGACGACGACUCGGCCAAGUUCAAGAGCGACUUCGUUUCUGAGAUGACCACUGCUCAGAACCUCGACGGCGCACCCGUCACGUUCAACGCCGUGCGGCUUUACACAAACAUCCAAGCCUACUCCACUGCCGACCCCAUCGAGGCCUUUGAGGCCGCCGUCGAGACCGACACCAAGCUUCUGCUCGGUAUCUGGACAUCCGGUACCACCUCCAUCGAUAAUGAGAUGACCGCCUUGAAGGCCGGUCUCGACAAGUACGGCUCCAAGCUUGCCGAUCUCAUCGUCGGCAUGUCCAUCGGUAGCGAGGAUCUCUAUCGCAACUCCGCUACUGGUGUCGCCAACUCCGCCGGCGUCGGUGCCGACCCCGAUGUCAUUGUCAACUUCAUCAAGGAGUUCAAGAGCGAGUUUGCCGACUCCCUCAUCGCCAAUGUCCCCAUUGGCCACGUCGACACCUGGGACGUCUGGCCCAACGCCACCAACAAGGCUGUCAUUGACGCCGUCGACUGGAUCGGUCUCGAUGAGUACCCCUACUACGAGUCCGGCAAGGGCAACAACAUCACCAACUCCGGCAGUCUUUUCGACACCGCCUUUGACGCCGCCGUCGCCGCCAUCGGUGACAAGCCUGUCUGGGUCACCGAGACUGGCUGGCCCUACGUCGGUGAGACUUGGGACGAGGCCGAGGCCAGCGUUGCCAACGCCAAGUACUUCUGGGAUGAGGUUGGUUGCCGCAAGCUCUUCGGCCAGGUCAACACGUUCUGGUACAACCUUCGCGACUCCAACUCGGCCAACUCGAUGAAGUUCGCUAUUACCGACAACCUCUCGACCAGCCCUCGCUUCAACCUGACUUGCCCUACCACUUUCGACACCCCUACUCCUCUACUACAACCUCUACCCCCCAGGCUGCUGGCGCCUCUGCCACCGGCUUGUCGGCCAUUUCCGCAGUCAUCGCCAUCUUCGCCGCCGUGGCUUGGUUGUAGAUUGCGCCCGUUUGGAACCUGAGAAGGAAAUAGCCAUCUCGGGUUCUGUCAACUUGCAACAUUUCCUUAUGGAUGAUACGGAAACAUUAGACAUGCAUAUGGCGAGCUACACGAUUGUAAUAUAGAGGAUCUCGUCCGGAUAGUCGAUCUAUAGAGACUGCCUUCACUACCAUUCUAUCUACGCAAGGCGUCUUUUGGUGCUCACAUCGCCGUGCCUGAGAAUGAUACACGUUGUUUGGAAAUUGGAACUCGCUUGCGAAAUAUGACACCUCCACUAAAUUCUGUUAGGACCGUUGAGCUGCCAGAGCCCAGUUUGUAAAAUGAUCGCUAAGAUGAAAUUUUUUCUUUUUUAACUUU